AUGUCCAGUGUGUGUGACCUGACGCUUAAUCUCGAUUAUAUUAUUUCAAAUGCCCACGAAUAUAUAAAGGAUAACAGGUUCAUAGAUAUAUUUGAUACAGAAGAUUUGCAAAUAAUUUUUCAAAAAACUACAUUAACAUUGGACGAAUAUAUAUCUAUUCUAGAAUUAUGCUUGAAGAAUGCAAAUAGUGAUAAACUAUUAACUUUUAUUCUCAAUGCAAAUGUUUUAAUAAAAAACACCCAGGGAGCCACAAAAGUAUGGAGCAUUCAAGAAAAGAAUGGAAUAUUCAGUAAAUUUCAGUUUUAUGAUAAUUUAAAAUUAUCUGAAUUAAUGGAAACCAAAGAACAAAAUAAUAUUCUCAAUAAUAAAAUAGAAAACAUGAUGAAAGAGAAUGAAUCACUAAGAAUUCAAGUCAAAGAAAUGAAAAACGAAAUCAAAUCUUUAAAAAAUCAAAUAAAAGAAAAAGAUUUUGUUAUUUAUGAGUACAUUAAGAAUAAUUUCAAUAGAAUUUACAAAGUUCUUGAAGAAUUAACAGAUAGUGGAUGCAAAAAAGCUCUUUUAGAGACGAAAGAUGAAAAAGGAAAUACUCCUCUUCUAAAAGCUUGUGAAGAAGGGAACAAUCAUCUUGUUACAUUACUAAUUGAUAGUGGAUGCAACAUAAAGACUGCAAAUAUUGAAGGAAAUACUCCAUUAUGUCUGGCUUCUAGUAAUGGACACUUUGAAAUUGUUAAACAUCUUCUGUCAAAAGGAGCUGAUAAAGAAGCAAAAAAUAAUUUUGGAAACACUCCUCUAAAUUGUGCUUCACUUGGAGGACAAUUAGAAAUUGUUAAACAUCUAAUUGUAAACUAUGCUGAUAUUGCAGUCCAAGAUAAAUAUGGAAAUACACCACUUCUUCUUGCAUCAAUAAACGGCAAGUUAGAUGUAGUUAAUUAUCUAAUUUCAAUCGGUUUCAAUAUAGAAGUGAAGAGCAAAAUUGGAAACACGCCAUUGAUUUGUGCUUCAGCAAACGGAAAUUUAGAAGUUGUUAAAUACCUUAUAAAAGCAGGAGCAAACAUUGAAGCUAAAAACAAUAAUGGAAAUACUGCAUUAACUCUAGCUUCACAUAGCGGGAAACUCGAAAUAGUAAAAUUUCUCAUAGAAUCCGGAGCAUGCAAAAAUACAAAAAACAAAAAUGGUGAUACUCCAUUAAUUAUUGCUUCAAAAAGCAGGCAUCUUGAAGUUGUUAAAUAUUUCAUCUCUUUAGACGCAAAUUUAGAAGAUAAGAAUAAAAAGGGGCAUACUCCACUCAUCGCUGCUUCUCGUGAAGGACAUUUUGAAGUUAUGAAAUAUCUUAUCUCAUGUGGAGCAAAUGUAAAUGCAAAAGAUAAGCAUGGAAAUUGUGUGAAACUUUUGGAAAAUGAUAUUACUAAGAAAUCAAGUCAUAAUGAUGUUUAA